UAUCUACUUAGGUACCCAUAGUCUAUAGAUGGACUACGUGUGACACUCAUUUCAACUGCAAAUAUAUAGGAAGGUUACCUACUACCUACUUAACGUAAAUUUUUACGUGUUAUCWAUURUUACUUAUUGUUAUGAUACAAAUUACCUGCAUCAAAUCAUAYUAAAACAAUAAUUUCAAUAAUUUUAAUGGUCAACGUCGCUGAAAGCUGAAACAUUCCGACGAGAAAUGCUGUGGACCAGUGGAGAUAUAAUAUAGUACUUAUAUACUUACCUAUAUGGCUAUACCUAUACUGCAACUGCAUCACAUUGUGAUAAUUCGUUAAGCACGACUGACCUUGCGAUUAAUUUGAGGUGCAAUUUUUGACUUUACUCAGGAACUAGUUCCUUUCUUUAAGCCAAGAAUAAGAAAUGAUUUAGUUUCUUUUCAACAAGAUGAACGUGAACCAAUUACUUUUUUAAAGGAAAUUUCCAAUAGCACUGCAGUGUAGGUAUAGCUGAUCCUUGCUAAAUUGUAUACGAUGUCCAGACUUGAGAAUCAAGUAGCAUUGAUCACCUCAGCAACGUCUAAAAUUGGAUACACAUACGCCAAAUAUCUACUCCAAAAUGGCGUCAAGGUGGCAUUAUGCGAUGUAAAUUUAGAAGACUGUCAAACGGUAGCUAAUGAAUUAUCGAAUGAGUUUGGUGUUGAAAAAAUUUUGGCAUUGGAGUGCGCUGUUGCAGACCAAAUGCAACUUGAAAACGCUUUCACUUCGUGCAUAAAUCGUUUUGGGCGAUUAGAUAUCGUCGUCAACAAUACGGCUGGCAUGCAGAUCGACUUAUCAAUCGACGAACGGGACGAAAUGAACGAUGCGAUCAUGCGUGUACACUAUGGUGGAGUUGUCAGUGGAACGCUUCUAGCUAUCAAGUACAUGGGAGCUCCAAACGGAGGUAAAGGUGGAACUGUGGUGCAGACCACAUGCUGCGAAUCGGCAACUAGCAACGUUGUCGGAUACACGAGAGUGAUCGGUGACAUACGGAGUUCACAUCACUUGAAUAUAAGAACCAUGGCAUUAUGUCCAAGAAAUGUAUCGGAUAAUGUUGGCAAAGCUUUAAUUUAUAUUUUGGAACAAGGUUGUUCCGGUCAAUAUUGGAUUGUGGAAAACGAAGAAACUCCAACAUUAGCAGAGAGCUUGGUGUGACGCGAUGGUGGGCUGCAGUCGCUAAAGUGCGAUAUGGUCAAUCAUCGUCUUUCAUCGUUGGAUCCCCCAGUUGGAUGACCACUCGGAUUCUUGGCGACGAAUCCUUGUACCACAUAAAAA